AUGAGCGACUUUGACGAUUAUGACCUGGACUUUCAGUCAGAACCGGAACUGGAAUUCGAUGUGGAAGACAAAGAGGCUGGCUGGGAAUGGGAGGAUAAGGCGGAAGACAAGGAGGAGGAAGAAAUGAUUGGAAAGGCACUGGAAGCGGCUAAAGCUCUCAGAGAAGAGCACGCAGAACAGAGGCGGAUUGAAAAGCUGUGCUGCGAGAACCCGGGCGACGCCGAGCUAGACACCCUGCGGCCAAUCCAGACCGAUGCGGAUCUCCAAAGGGAGUACACACGGUUUAACGAGUUCCUCUUUGAGUACAACCAGCUCACCACCAAGGUUGACGUCACGUGGUGGAAGAACAUGACGUACCAGCCGGGAAGUUGUGGAGAGCACAGGAACGGGAGUGGGCACUAUAUCCAUCUCAGCGAGCCAAUCAUGAAGAAGAAGCCCCGGGUGGAGAUUGUGGGGGUCUUGCUGCACUGGCUCCUACACCUCUGGAUCCAACUGCACAUGAAGAGACCGCCCAUGGAUGACAAAAAGAAGAGGCAUAAACACCAAUUCCACUCGGCGGUGGAGUGGGUGGAGGCGAGGGUCGAUAUUGAGAUCCCAAUCUCCCACAACAUCUAUGCUAAGGACGCUGCGGAGUUGCGUGUUCACAAGUGGCGUUGUACAAGGUGUGGAAGGACCUACUCCUCGGCACGGAAUAUGGCGCCGAGCAAGUUGAAGGAUGAGGGCAAAGGGUGUAGCCCUUAUGCGGCGUGGCACAAAAAGAAGUGCGGCAAAGCAGAUGCCUUUGUGAAGACCGCGGAUAAGACAGGACCUCUUCCACUCCCCCCAGGAACCAAAUUCCCAGCCACCGAUGCGGAAAAGGAGAGGGCCAGGGAGAAGGGGAAAGGAAAGCGGACCGCGGAGGAGGAGAAGACAAGCGGAAAGGACAAGAAGCAGAAGGCCACGGCAACGACUGGCCCUUCACAGGCUGUGACCGACGGAGUAUAUCAUGAACGGCAGCGGAAACUGCUUUGCGGAUUGCAUGCGGUCAACAAUGUCCUCCAAGGUCCAAUAUAUACUCAAGCAACCAUGAACAACAUCGGCCGCGCACUGGACAUUGAGCGUGGAACAACACCCGCACCCGGAGCCCGAAGCACGUACUGGAGCCCGGAUGGCAAUUACGAUGUGGGCGUCCUGGUACGAGCCUUUUCGAAUCAAGGCUUGCAAAUGGCACAACUGGCGAUCAACAACACCUCCACCCCCGCGGACACUGAGAAUGCCUUCAUAGUGUACCACAACCACCAUUGGGUGGCAUACCGUCGUGUUCGUGGCGUGUGGUAUAACCUCGACUCCCUUGCACCUACCCACCAGCGGAUGGGCACACAAGAGUUGAAUCACUUGCUUCGCAGGUUGGCCACACGUGGGUUUUAUGUUUUCGCGAUUCGCGGCGCCCUGCCUACGGCCGCUGCCACUGGUGCUGCCGCCGGUCCUUCCGCUGCCGCCGGUCCUUCCGCUGCCGCCGGUCCUUCUGCUGCCGCCGGUCCUUCCGCUGCCGCCGGUCCUUCUGGUGCUCAGUAG